AGUUGACAUGGGUGCCAAGUCGAGCUAUUCUGGCCCACGACGCUGAGGAUCGCGCUCAAGGUUCCGCACGGUACUCAUUACACAUCACGGACCCUGUUGCCGGUGCAGAGACAAGGUCUGCAUGAUGGCGGGAAGUGUCCCUGCCUUACUCUUUUUGCUCGUAGCUGUCUUCUGCAAAGGUGGAAACACUGCCUCAACUCCUCAUCUGAUGAAAGUCCCUUCCACUGUGACCCCUGGCGCGUUGAACUUCACGGGCAAAGGACUCAUACUUCACCGCGCGCUUUGCCACAUACCAACUCUACGGGAGCUCAUAGAGAAAGCGGACAAAAUACUGAUGCACGACAAGGAUGCCUGGUCCAACACUUAUAUGAAAAAGAAAUCCUGCCAGGAGGUUGAGAUUAUCUACAACUCCAUCUCGAAGAAGUUGGAAAAAUGCAAGGACGAAAUGACAAGGAAGAGAAUGGGGGCCACCGCAGACAAUGGAAGAACACUGCUCAAGGAAAAAUGCCAGGAUGUAGAACUCCAUGCAGAGGCCAGCAAUUUUGUGCAAUGCCUAGAGAAAGAGGAGGAGGAUAUUUGCGCAGCAGAGCGGGACAAUCUCUUGACCGAGAAUUCGCACUACAACACCGUCGGAAUGAACACACACGACGUGUGCUGUGCCUACAAAGCGUACGAGAAGUGCGCACUCGAUAAGGUGGUGUCUUCUUGCGGCGACCAGGCUAAACGACACUUAGACCUCCUGCUCGAAGUUAAGCCCAGCGACCACUUCUCGAACUUCUGCCAGACGUAUGAAAACAGUGCCUGUGAUAUGACGAAGGAUGAGCCUGGUUCAGCAACAAGCCACACGUCCACAGUUGUCACAUUGUGUUCUGCCCUCAUCAUUCUCCUCUUGUGUUAAUUGUGUAAUAAAGUGCUGUCAACGCA